AUGAUGAAGGCGCUUUCUAUAUCAAUGCCAGAAUCAAUUGCAAUUUAUGUGACUAUCUCAAACACCCCCACUAUCUCAGCAUUCCCCAAAUUUUUGCCAGAUGAGAUUAUUUACGGAGAAAUAACUCGCGGAGAUCAUGUUCUAAUGAUUCAAGAAACUCUGUUUUCUUGUGGUGGCAUUGCAAUUGGUAUUGUGGCUUCGCACAAGAUUUUUGAUGCAACUGCUCUUUGUGCGUUCAUGAAAACUUGGGCUACUAUCGCUCGAGAUUCAAUUGAAGGAGCUCUGGCUCCAGAUUUUAGUGCCUCAUCAAUAUUCCCCCAAAACCAUUCAUUCCCAGAAGAUCUAACCACUUCAGCUUUGGCAAGUGUAUUGUAUAAAAAUAACAUGUAUGUUACAAAGAGGUUUGUGUUUGAUGGAUCAAUCUUGAGCAAUCUCAAUGCCAAAGCAGCAAGCUCAAUUGUGCCCAACCCGACACACGUAGAGGUUGCCUUUGCAUUCAUUGUUAAAUGCAUGCUGUCUGCAUUGAAGAAGAUAGCGCUCAUGAUGUCAAAAUCAGAGGGUGAGGGAAUAGAGCUAUGCGAUUUCGUCCACCAGUUGAGGGAAGCUGUUAAGGCAAUCAACGAUGACGUUGUGAAGAGCUUUGAAGGAGAUGAAGGAUCGGAAAAUCUUUGUGGGGCCAUGAAAGAGAUUCUUGAAUUAUCUUUGAAGUCUGUAUCCGAAGGAAUGGCUCUUGUCCUGAUUAAUUGCUGGUGCAACUUGAUGGAUCGUACUUAA